UAAUUAGGAGUUUAGUUCAACAAUAAUUAACAUAUACCCUUUCCCUUCAAAUUGGAAGUUCAAAUCUCUAUACCUCACUCUAAGUUUCAGUUGAAUUUGAACUCUGAAGUUACAGCCAUAAUUAAUUUGAGCUCUACUGAAGCCUAACUUUCAGCAUUUUAUCAUCUGGAAAUGGUUGCUGAAGUAGUUGAACUUCAAAACCAAACUCAUGGCUCACUUUAACGGUUUAAACCUCUUCUAUAAAUUCCUUCAUCUUUUCCUCUUCACUGCAACAAACUUCCAAAUCCAAAACAACCAAACAUUAUCAUACACUCCCACUAGAACCAUCCCAAUGGCGCCAUUUGUUCCCCUAGCCCGAACAAUCCCGCUGCUCGCUCUAGCUUUUGCAGUAGUAAUUCUUCCAGUUUCGGGUCAGAUCAAUACACCCUGCAGGCCUUCCAUGAUCGCCCGCUUCACUCCUUGUAUGAACUUGCUCACAAACAGCACAUCAAAUGGCACUUCACCAACUGCAGACUGUUGUGAUUAUCUAAGGUCGCUCACUGGCUCAGGAAUGGACUGUCUCUGUCUCAUUGUCACUGCGAGCAUUCCCUUCCAACUACCCAUCAACCGAUCCUUGGCGAUUUCUCUUCCUCGAGCCUGUAACAUGCCCGGCGUUCCCGUCCAAUGCAGAGCCUCUGUUGCUCCCAUUCCAGCUCCAGGUCCUAUCCCACUUGGUCCAGCUCUUUCUCCUGAAGCUUCACCAACUCCACAAGGUUCUGGCAUCCCUCAACCCGUCACACCUACACAGUCACCGGAAGCAGACACUACAGGGUUUCUAACUCCACCUUCAACUGGGGGAGGAGCUGAAAAUCCAACCUCAACCACCGAUGCCGGCAAUGGGAUUUUGCCUGACUUGACUCCAUCGUCCGGGACCAUACCGUCUUACAACUUCUAUCUUCUAGUGUUGGCAUUGAGCUGUGUGAUUUUGAAGCUAUACUAGAUUGCUUGUCCAGUAUCUGUCAAUUUAUUGGGUCUGCCCCCGCAAAAAAAAAAAAACGAUUUAUUUGUAAAUUAUGGGAGUUAUUCUUUUGAGUGGAAUAGUUUGAUGAGAUUUUUGGACUUUGAGUUGGUUGAGAAGAGUGAUUGUUUGUAUAAUAAUAUAUAUAUUAAAAGCAGA